AUGGCCGCCACCCGAUCGGUCGCGAGGCUAGUCGCCUACCGCCGGCCGACCCCCUUCGGCUUGCUAGGCUCAACCGCAAACUUCUCUUCCUCGAUGUCCCGCGCAGCAAGCCCAGCGGGACCCCCUCAGGCCGGGUUCCGCCUGCCCCCGCCCAAGCGCUGGGAUCAAGGCGACGAGUCUGCCUUGGAUAAGGCCAGCAAAUACUUCCUUAUGGCAGAGAUCUUCCGCGGCAUGUACGUGGUGCUGGAGCAGUUUUUCAGACCACCCUACACCAUCUUCUACCCCUUCGAGAAGGGUCCCAUCUCCCCCGUUUCCGUGGCGAGCACGCUCUCCGUCGCUAUCCCACCGGCUAUUACCAUUGAGGCCGAGGAGCGUGAGGACGGAAGCCGCCGGACGACCCGUUACGAUAUUGAUAUGACCAAGUGCAUCUACUGUGGCUACUGCCAGGAGAGCUGCCCCGUGGAUGCCAUCGUUGAGACUUCCAACGCCGAGUACGCCACCGAGACCCGCGAGGAGCUGCUGUACAACAAGGAAAAGCUCCUCUCCAACGGUGACAAGUGGGAGCCCGAGAUUGCGGCUGCUGCUCGUGCAGAUGCACCCUACCGAUAA